UGGUGUCCUUUCCCACAGUCUAAAUUGAGAUGUGUACGCCUUACUAGACUUUCCCUCGUCUUUACAGCGUGUUGUUGAUUGAGGGCACGCUCAGUUACUUAACUGACAGGACAUAAGUGUCUCUAACGACCGUUGUUUUCUGGCUUAAAGGUUCAUAUUAAUGUAAAAAUGGUGGUGCUCUGGUUGACUUUCUCUGAUGUAUCAACCAGCUCAAAAGUCUUCAUUCUGUAAGCUAGGUAGGCUAAUUUAAGUAAGCUAACAAUAUAAUACUGUUGUGUUUUUGUAGCAGAGUUUAGUACAGGUUUUAGUAGCUUUGCCAUUGUUAAUAGGAUACAGUAUUGCAUAAUCUUACACUGGAAUAACGUUACUUCCACUCAGGAUUUGAAGCCCUUAGUACAAUUUUGCUGACCCUCACGUCGAAGGUGCUGACUCUCCUCUGUGGAUCCCCUCAGCCUGCAUCCCUGAACUUCCUCCUGUAUCACAAAGGCAGAGCAGCAGCAGUCAAGGCAGAGGCUUCAGUGUGUCCGAGAGAGAGAGUAAAGAAGGGGGAAAAGCAGAGAAGAAGACUAUUUGGACGGAGCUGAGUGUGUGUUUAUGUUUGUAUGUCUCACCAUUGGACGGCCGAGUGAAGAGGCACGAGGAGAAGAGGAGGAGGAGGAGAAGAAGAUGGAAGCCUGCCUGGAUGAAAUUCUCGGUGUCAUGUCACUACGUGUGGACCUUGACUGAUCACAGGGUGAGGAAAAGGAAGAGAGGAAGACGAGGAGGUGGAGAAACCGAGACUUUGGUUUUACUGAGAAAAGAAGAUAAGAAGGAGGAGGUACAAGUCUGGCGCUCCGUUUUAUCAUGACAUUGGAUAAACGAACCGACGGAUUGAGCGCUCUUCAGUUGUGUGUCAACAGGAAUUCACCUUAGAAGAAAAGAAGGAGAGAGACUUUGGAAGAGUAAAGACUGCUGUGUUAAACCCAGCUAAGGAGCAGGGACUGGACUUACAGAGUGUGUGUGUGUGUGUUUGUGUGGCUGUGUAACCGGUGGAGGGCAGAGGAGUGGAGGGCCAGGGGACUAACCUGGCCAUCAAACGGACUGGCAGCCUCUCCUCUCCUGGGAUCAUGUACCCUCAGGGUAGGCAUCCGGUUCCCUUACAACCCGGCCAGUCUUUCAAGUUCACAGUCCUGGAAACCCUGGACCGUAUCAAGGAGGAAUUCCAGUUCCUCCAGGCGCAGUAUCACAGCCUGAAGCUGGAGUGUGAGAAGCUGGCCAGUGAGAAGACUGAGAUGCAGAGGCACUACAUCAUGUACUACGAAAUGUCCUACGGUCUCAACAUUGAGAUGCACAAACAGGCGGAGAUUGUCAAGCGUCUCAGUGCCAUCUGCGCUCAGAUCAUCCCAUUCCUCUCUCAAGAGCACCAGCAACAGGUGGUCCAAGCAGUGGAAAGGGCAAAGCAGGUCACCAUGGCUGAGCUCAAUGCCAUUAUCGGGCAGCAGCUCCAGCACCUGUCUCACCAUGCUCCUGGCAUUCCUCUGACGCCACACCCAUCAGGCCUGUCCCUGGGGGCGGGGAGCUCAGGGCUUCUUGCGCUGACCGGGGCCCUGGGGGUCUCGGCCCACCUUGCCUCCAAAGAUGAUCGCAACCACCUUGAUCCCGAACAUCUCAGAGAGGGAGCACCCAGCAGGAGUAAGUCAGUGUCAUCAACAGACAGUCAGCCCACUGAGGAGCGCCAGGGCCCAUCAGGAGGCUACUCCUCCUCGCAGGGAGGAGCUGAGGCAAAGAGGAGGCGCUGUGAUGACAAAGAGCCCCUUCCACCACACUCCUAUGACAGUGAUGGAGACAAGAGUGAAGACAAUCUCGUGGUGGACGUUUCCAAUGAGGAGCCUAACUCUCCUGUGGGCAGCCCUCCUCACUCCCCCCACGGGAACGGGUUAGACCGGGCUCCUACCCUAAGGAAAGAGCUCCCGGGCUCCUCAAGCACAGGAGAGGCCCCCUCCACCCCAAACCCCCGCAGCCCCACCCCAGGGAAGGGCAAAGACCCUGCACAGAUGGAUAAGUCCCAGUCUCCGUUGUCCAAGUCUGGCACCCCAUCCCCGUCCCACCGUGAGGCCCUUACCCCAGGAGCCCCAGGAGCCCCUGGUCCCAGCACCUCCUGCCUUCGUCUGGUCAGCAAAGCAGCAUCCAGCGCAGACCCCCUUGCUCUCCGCAGUCCCAUGUCUGUGCCCCCUGGUUCAUACCCAGCUCAUUUUGGCGUGGUGUCCCACGCAGGCCUGAAUGGGGAGCUGGCCAGCCCAGGAGGUUUCGGUGGGGCUCUAACUCUCUCUCCACAAAUCAGCGCAGCAGCCAGUGCCUACUCCCGAAGCCCCAUGGUGGCGUAUGACUCUCGGUCUCACCUGAGGGCGCCAGGGCUGUCCUCUUCUCUGCCUGGUUCCUCUGGCGGCAAGCCUGCCUACUCGUUCCACGUGAGCGCAGACGGCCAGAUGCAGCCGGUGCCCUUUCCCCCUGACGCCCUGCUGGGCCCGGGAAUCCCUCGCCACGCCCGUCAGAUUCACACCCUGAACCACGGAGAGGUGGUGUGUGCCGUCACCAUCAGCACCUCGACACGCCACGUCUACACCGGAGGCAAGGGCUGCGUCAAGGUGUGGGACAUCAGCCAGCCUGGAAGCAAGAGCCCCAUGGCCCAGCUGGACUGUCUGAACAGGGAUAACUACAUCCGCUCCUGUAAAAUCCUCCCUGACGGACGGACCUUGAUCGUCGGCGGGGAGGCCAGCACGCUGUCAAUCUGGGAUUUGGCCACGCCCACUCCCCGCAUCAAAGCGGAGCUGACGUCGUCCGCUCCCGCCUGCUACGCUCUGGCCAUCUCCCCUGACAACAAGGUCUGCUUCUCCUGCUGCAGCGACGGAAACAUUGUCGUCUGGGACCUUCACAACCAGACACUGGUCAGGCAGUUCCAGGGCCACACAGACGGAGCGAGCUGCAUCGACAUCUCCAACGACGGCACCAAACUGUGGACGGGAGGGCUGGACAACACAGUCCGCUGCUGGGACCUCCGAGAGGGACGCCAGCUCCAGCAACACGACUUCACCUCGCAGAUCUUCUCUCUGGGCUACUGUCCGACAGGCGAGUGGCUGGCUGUGGGAAUGGAGAGCAGUAACGUGGAAGUUCUGCACGUCUCCAAACCUGACAAGUACCAGCUGCACCUCCAUGAGAGCUGCGUUCUCUCUCUCAAGUUCGCCUACUGUGGCAAGUGGUUCGUGAGCACAGGAAAAGACAAUCUGUUGAAUGCAUGGAGGACACCGUAUGGAGCUAGUAUUUUCCAGUCCAAGGAGUCCUCGUCUGUGCUGAGCUGUGACGUCUCCCCGGACGACAAGUACAUAGUGACGGGCUCCGGGGACAAGAAGGCCACGGUGUACGAGGUGGUGUACUGAGGUCCGGGACGAGAUGGGAAGAGACAGGACGGAGAUUUUUCUGGUGGGUUUUUUGGAGGAUAGGGGAGGGGCGAACCAGUUGCCCCGCCAACCGCUCCUGAUCCUCGUUAAAUCAGCAACAGCAGCACCUCCGUCUCAGUCCUCUGAGUCCUCCUGACCCUCACCCCUAAUACAUCACCCCCUCUCCCCCUUUUUCCUGUGAUAUAAGCUACUGUGGAAGCUCCCGUACGCCUCCUCCCUCCUCCCCCCCUUCCCUUUUCAGCCCAAGGAUGAGGCAUGAUAGCAGAGAGAGAGAGGCAGAAAGGGAAGCAGCAAGAUAAGAAGGACAAAGGAAAAGGGCGGUGGAGCAUAAAGAUAAAGUCGGGAGGGAAAGACAAGAAGGAGGAGAGAAAGCGAGAGUGCGGAAGGAAGAGAAAUGAAAGGGAGCGUGAGGAGAGGGAGGAGGAGGAAAGAGGCAGGGUAAUUAGGGCUGUUUCCUGAUUAAGAGCUCAGUGGAAGGGAGGCCCCCAGAGGAGGCGCGGAGCGGCACUGUGGGAGCGCCAGCCGGGAGCACUGAUACCACACAAUCGAUUCAUUAGCCAGACAGUGGAAGCCUUAAUGAGGCUGACGCCGCAGCUCGCUCUCCCCAGCGAGAGGUGUCAGGAGCUCGGGAACGAUGACGCUCCGAGAUGGAGGGGGGUCGCUUCAGAUAUUCACAUACACUGACAUGAAAUGUAGACCUGCUCACACACACACACACACACAAACACACACACACACAGGCGCACAUCAUCGGGCAAGAAUACACACUCUUGGAUACACUCCCUUGAGGUGAUCGCAAGAAGAGAGAAACGCACACACACAACACACAGAGCACCCAAUUAAACAUUCAUCGCAGCACUCCCCGUCUCACUGCUUAAUAUCUAUUUUAUUUUGGUCUGACAAAGGCAGCGUCUAAUGAGCAGCAGAGUCAAUGGGAUUCUCCCAGGGCCCUGAGACACAAACACAGAACAUCAGCCGAGCUGUUCCCUCUAAUUCCUCUGGAUUGUUCUCCUGACACCGGGCGCUGCACUCACUCUCAUUAAAGGCACUGUCAGCUAGAUGAAGUAGCAGCACGCCAACUUCACUGUAAGGCAGACAAGAGGGCAAAUUAACACCACCCGAUUACGCUAUCAUCAGCAGCAAACUAAGCAGCUAAUCCGAAUCCUUUUCAAUUUUAUGCAACUAGUUGCGGUUUUUCAUUUACACACCAGAUGAGAAUUACAUGUUUAUCAAAGUCAUUGUCUCGAUCCCCGCCUGCCUGCUGAUGAUGCUAGUGUUCAAAGUGGCUAAAUCUGGUUCGGUGAGCUAUUGAUUGCUAUUAAUUGAUGAAAAUACACUUAUAGAUUCAAAUGAUUGAUGCCACUCUUUCACUAAGUAUGAAGCAGCUUGCUAAUCUAGCUGAGCAUAAAGACUGAAAACGGGGAAACAGCUAGCUUGGCUCUGUCCAGAACUAACAAAAACUGCCUACCAGCACCUCUAAAGCUCAUGAUUAACAUGUUAACAUAUCUUGUGUUAAAUCAACAACUUGCUGUUUCAUAGGGGGGGGUUAUGUGCAGGACUAUUUCUUGGCACUGAGCAGUAACUGGAGUGUCCCCUGGUUUCCUGGUAACCUAGUCAUGCACAUAACCGCCCUGUAAAACAACAUGUUGAUUUUACACUUGUGGUUAUGGUAUGGAUUAAAGAACGAGAUAUAGCGUGUUCAUUAGUGAUCUUUAAAGGUGCUGGUAGGUGGGUUUUGCUUCCUUUGGACAGAGCCAGGCUAGCUGCUCCCCAUUGUUUCCAGACUUUAUGCUAAGCGACUGCUGGCUGUAGCCUCAUAUUUACAGUACAGAUGUGGGAGUCGUAUCAAUCUUGUGAUCUAACUCUCAGCAAGAAAUCAAAUAAGCGUAUUUCCCAAAGUAUUUUCCAAAAGUAUGAACUAUUUCUUUAAACCUGAUUCUUGCUCUGCAGUCCUCCUUGUAUCAUAUUCCAAACUGUCCGGCAAUGUAUAUCAGAGCUUUCUGCUUCUGUAGAACAUGCAUCACCAUUAUGUAGACUAAACAGGCACAUUUUAAGCUUUUCUUUUAUUACUCAUUUAUUUCAGUAUUUUUUAUAAAUAGUUAUUGCUCGUCUUAUGUAAUGAUAUGUUUAUGUAUUGGGGUUGCCUAUGACUGCGUUUCGGGUUCGGGGGAGCAAACAGAGGGACGCACUCACACAUGGGGACAUACAAAAUCAAGUAGAACACAGGCGGGAAAAAUAUUUUUGUUCUUUUAACUUUCUUUCUUUUUUUUUUAAAUCAGUGUGUUUUUAUCCUUGGUGGUGGUGACAGGCAGAGGGCAUAUACAUCAGCAGUCCAAUGUAAAGAAAAAUAAAUGAGGCCCUCUGUUUUGUUUGUUGUUUUUGUUUUAUUCCCUUUCUUUUCAAAAGUGGUAGUAAAUGUAAUGUAGUCUGUUUUCAGUCCUUAUUGUGCAGCUGAACUAUUUUUCUGUUGAGUCCGUGGUCAGUGUACAGCAGGCGUUGGCUGCAACAUGACGAUUCAGAUUUAGCCAUCGAAGAGGUCCCACUUUUUACUGCAUGCUUGUUGCACUAAAGCUCCACUUCUGCUGAUAGAACGAGACAAAUCCAAUUUUACUCAGUAGAUACAGUGAACGGUCUCACGGCCACAGUUUUACUGUUUAGAAUUUUACAUUACAGUAUGCAACUCAAGUCAAUUGUAUGUUUUAGCCAAAUUUGUCCAUGUUUCUCACUGCUGCGCUAAUGCAGGAUAGAAGAAUUAUGAGGGACUUCUCUAAUGGCUACUGUACCAGCGAGGAGUCUGAGAUCAUCUGUACAGUUCAAUGCCUUUGCCUGCCUCUUUCCCUUUCUGCCCGUCAGCCACAGGCAGACCUAAAUGAUAUUCUCAUACACAAGCUUGUAUACUACUCAGAAUGAUGCUGUAUAAUGGCUAUGCAUUUGGUGGUAUAGCGUGAAUAUUUGGGACAUUGUAUUUGAUACUCUUCUGUAACUGUCAGUAACGUAUCUCCCCUCUGCUUGUGCUUUCUCUGUUCCAACAGUAUAAAAAAACUUUUAUUUUCCGUUAUACAAGCCCGUGUUUAGUUUUUCUUUUAAAAAGCCAAGGAUAUUUUUUUUUUUUACUGCACUGUGUCUUCUUCCCUUCUGAUGCGUUUCCUAUGUGCUGUACAAGAAAUACUAUGUGUGAAAAAUAAACCAAACUUGUGUUCAUCCUUU